CACGCUGCAACUGAUUGUUCUUGUCAUUCGAGAAUUUUGCCGUGCCUUCGCCAUAUUUAUGUUACUGAAUCACAGACCUUUUUUUUCAAAGGUUAAACCCAGUUUUUAAGUGUUAAUCAAUUCAGUGUUGUUAAAUUUGGAAACCACAUUUUAAACUACAAAAAUGGAAGACCAAGGAGGAAGCUCAGGCCCUAGAGUAAGCGAUAAACGUUUGGCGCAGACUCAAGCCAAAGUCGAUGAAGUUGUUGGCAUUAUGCGCGUUAACGUCGAGAAAGUUUUGGAGAGGGACCAAAAAUUGUCAGAACUAGACAAUCGCGCGGAUGCUUUACAGCAUGGAGCAGCGCAGUUUGAACAGCAGGCUGGCAAACUGAAACGAAAGUAUUGGUGGCAGAACCUAAAGAUGAUGCUAAUUAUGGGUGCUAUUGGGGCAGUUCUACUUAUCAUAAUCAUUGUGUGGGCAACGUCCGGGUCGGGCGGCGGCACUACGGCCGCACCGGUCACCGAGGCGCCUGCCGCUGGCGCUGGCCGAUAGUCAUCAAAACACUUAUAAACCUUUGAUAUGGAUACUUAUUUAUGCUGCUCUAUACAUAAAAAAGCGAGUUUUAUAGCAAAAUGCGACUGAACAGUAUGUAAGAAAUCUAUAUUUUGUAAUUGAAACGAUUAACCAACGCACACAUAUUCCUACUAUAAGAUAUACAUCUUGGUAAACAUUUUGAUAUUUUUCUAUAAAUUGUAUUAAAAGUAACUGUUGAUGUACUGUUAAAGUGGAUGUAAUUCACUCAUAAAAGACUUGUUUACAAAUUGUUAUAUGUCUAAAGAGAAAUAGUAAAGUUAAAUGAUCAAGUGUUGCUUUUGCAAAACUUUUGUAAGUUUACAACAGUUAUAAAUAUGUAAUUUAUAAAGUGGCCAACUAUUGUACAGAAUCACUUUGUGAUAAGUAGUAUUAAAGAUAAAGAUUAUUAUAAUAUUUCAAAGCCUAUUUUACUAGCUGGUUUGGGUUAACAGUUGAUACAAAGAACUGAUAUUUAACUGCACACUAAUUAUAAUGUGUAACUAAACAUUGAAUGUGAUUGUACUCCUUGCUUAAAGAGGAAAAAGCCUAUGUAAUCACUGUUGCAAAUAUAAUAUAUAUUAAGUUAGAUAAAAUAUGUUAUUUAAAGCCAAUUUUUGUAGCACUUUGUAUAAACUAAAUCAAGGACUUAUUGCACAUUAUGCUGCUUCACAUCCUACAAACAUGAUUCUGGAACAAUUAAAUGUUGAUGCAUACUGUGGAAAAAGCCUUGUGGCACAAAUAUUUUUAGUUUUAAUGUAUGUUAUGUGUAAUUAGCACAUUCUGUUUGUAUUGAUCAUACCUACUUAAUAUUUUAUUUAGUUAUGUCCUUCUUAUCAAUAUGUUAUAAUGCAUUUUCAAAGAUUACUAAUUUUAGUGGCAGUUGGGACCAACUUUGCGCUUAUAUUGCACAGCAACUGAGGUCUAGUUACUAAUUGGGUCUUGUCAGUAAACCUGUUCAAUGUUGUAUGCAAAGUGUAUGUAAUAUCAUAAUCUUAGUUGUUUUGUAUUCUUUAAGAAUUAAUAAAUAUAUGUAUUUCUUCAA